GGGCCGGGCCGGGUCGCGGCGCACUGCCCCGGGCGCAGCGUGGCUGGCGCGGCGGUGCGACAUGUCCCACCAGACCGGCAUCCAAGCGUGUCCAGGCCUUGGAGACUGCGAGGAGCAAUUGGAAGACGGCGACGUGCUAUUUCUCGGGAUUAUCGGCCUCGCAGCAUCACAGCACUGCUAAGCAGGGAUAAUGCAGCAGCAGGAUUAUGGGCUAGUGAAAAUGUCAAAGACAUCUUUGUGGGAGCCAGAAAUGGAAAAUACAGGAUUUUGAAAAUAGUCAUUGACAAUGAACAACUUGUUCUGGGAUCCUCUAGGCGGCCACUUGGAUCAUGGGAAAAGGAUUAUGAUGCUUUUGUUCUUCCUCUUCUUGAAGACAAGCAACCGUGUUACAUAUUAUACAGAUUAGAUUCUCAGAAUGCUCAAGGAUAUGAAUGGAUCUUUAUUGCAUGGUCGCCUGAUCACUCUCCUGUUCGUCAAAAGAUGUUGUAUGCAGCAACCCGAGCAACACUAAAGAAAGAAUUUGGGGGUGGUCAUAUUAAGGAUGAAGUAUUUGGAACAGCAGAGGAUGAUGUUUCACUGAAUGGAUAUAAAAAAUAUCUGAUAUCACAGUCCGCCCCUGCACCUCUGACUGCAGCAGAAGAGGAACUUCGACAAAUUAAGAUUAAUGAGGUACAAACGGAUGUUGGUGUAGAUACUAAGCAUCAAACUCUGCAAGGAGUAGCGUUCCCUAUUGCUAAAGAAGCUAUUCAGGCGUUGGAGAAGUUGAGAAAUAAACAACUCAAUUACGUGCAACUGCAAAUUGAUAUGAAAAAUGAAAUUAUUAUUCUGGCCAACACACUUCAUACCGAACUUAAGGACUUGCCAAAAAGAAUUCCAAAGGAUGCUGCACGUUAUCACUUUUUCCUGUAUAAGCAUACUCACGAAGGAGACUAUUUGGAAUCCAUAGUUUUCAUUUACUCCAUGCCAGGGUAUACCUGUAGUAUACGAGAGCGAAUGCUAUACUCUAGUUGCAAAAGUCCACUUCUAGAAAUUGUAGAAAGACAGUUGUGGAUGCAAAUAAUUAGAAAGAUUGAAAUAGAUAACGGUGAUGAGUUAACUGCUGACUUUCUUUAUGAAGAGGUUCAUCCAAAACAACAUGCACAUAAGCAAAGUUUUGCUAAACCAAAAGGUCCUGCAGGGAAGAGAGGAAUACGAAGACUCAUCAGAGGCCCAGCAGAGACUGAAGCACCCAGUGAUUAGAAACUGUCGUUUGCAUUAACGAUAGGGUUUUACAGUAAGAAAAAUGAAAUUCUGACUUUUGCCAAUGAACUGAAACCAUUCCAUUUAUAGAUGCUAAAGAAAAAAAUGUUCUUUCUACUCUUCCCUCUUCUGAACUCAAUGCUUCCUGUGUUGUUACACAGUUAUAUUUGUUGACCAUAUUUUACAACACGUGGAAGAGUUAAUUAUUUUAAAGGUAGAAAACUAAGCUAGUACUCUUUUGUUUUAAAUUAGAAUCCAUUAUUUAAUAGCAAUACACGUGAUCAUAAACUUCACAGACAAGACUAUUAAACCCACAUUUUUUGUGGGUAAGUAGCAGCUGUGUGCUUAGAUAAUGAAACUGUAUUUGUAUGAGCAGCCUACUGAAAUCUGCAAGAUUUCACUUGUAUGAGGAAUGGAAGCUGUUGUUGUCCCAGAUAAAUCUUUAUUUUUCCUUGUAGCUUUUAUGGACAAUAAUGUAACAGAAUGUUUUCUUCUGUUCUUGAUGUGAUGGAUUGUUGGGUUUGGGUUUUUGUACUAGAAAGGUUAAAAUCCAUGAUCUAUUAGUUUAUGCAAGUACUUGUUCAGGAAUAGCUUGUUUUUAUUUUUUCCUGUGCAAAAGCGUGCUCAUUUCCAAUUACAGCUACUUUGGUGGGUUCAUCUCUUAAAGAAAUCUGACAUAAAACCACUACAGCUUUACCAGACUUACAUACCACUCAUCAGCCUUAUGUAUUACUGAAUGACCAAGUCAAAUGUGAUAAAGUGCGCAGUCACUAUACUCAGUAAAUUACGGAGCUGCUUUCAAAGCAAUAAGCUUGAAGUUUCUUCUAAAUUAUUGAUUUUCUAUGCACUUGGAUCUAGAACUGCAAAUUCAGUAAGAAUGGAAAUAGAUUUGCUUCGUAACGGUGACUCCUGCAUUAUCAACUGCAACUUUAACUUGCAAGGUAUUGUGAAACUAAACAUCCCUGAAUGUUUGAACGUUAACAGUAAAUCCAUUGAGGUUUUUGCCUCGCACUUGGGUUGCAUUUUGUGGAAUUGGUCUAUUUUUUCUGCUUCUCAUCUAAACACUGAAAUCAGUCUGAACUCCAGUGAACCAUGAGUCGUCAGUUUAUUAGGAAGAGGAAAAGAUAGAUGACUUUAACAAGGAGGUUAAAAAAGAAAUAGAUACAGAAAUCAAAUUUUGGAUGACCUGAAAUGUUUUAAAAUUGUGUAAUGAGGCAAGUACUAAAGGAUAGAUGAUGGGGACUUGUUAGUGUCCUGUAUUGAGCUCUGUGUUUUUGAUUAUUUUUUAAAACUACACGUGAGUUGCAAGUCUUGGAUCACUGCAUAUAGGUGUUGGGUGUACGCUUUGAUAUCUGAAUCACUUGUUUACCUGAUGGAAGGUAGAGUUUAGAAUAGUUCUGUAGGGAAAUAAGGCUUAAACACUAUUAGUUCCUGAUGAAAACAGCUUUUAUCUCACCUCAUUACGUUAUUUGGAGAUACUAACUCGUUACUGACGUUUGAAAUUGCACUACGUAAUGUGAAGAUUGCAAUAGUUGCUGGUUUUACUGCGUUUUUUUUUCUAUAUGCAGUAGAGAUCUGACACCUCAGCUUUUUUCAUUUAAUCUUGUACACUACAUCAGCCCAGUUCAGUAGCUCCUGAUGCUCCUCAGCUAAUCUCCUGCCCUCAGCUGCUGUGUUCUUCUUCUGCUUCUUGCCUUUCCCUUUAGGACAAGGAGCAGCUCUGAGGAAUUUUUCUUCCUGUGUACUGUAUGUCAUACAAGCGUUAUUGUCUUUAAACAUUGUUAAUGCACAUGCAGCUUGCACACUGUAACUACAGUUAUUUUUAAGUUAAAAUCUGAAUCCUAUCAGCACCAAAUUCCUUUCUUUUUUUUUUUUUUUUUUUUUUUUUAAGGUAAAUAUUUGACUGUAGAGGUUAAAAAUGACUUUGAGAGGGCUUUUUGUUUCAUCUUAAUAGCCCUGUCUGCAGCUCAGCCGUAACGAGUGCACAUACAUUUUUACACUCAUUUGAGCCAAUAAAGAAGGUCAGCUUUUUAAUAUGAAAUAUUUAGAAUAAGGAACAGUUUGGCCUCAUAUGGUUAUAUGCAGGUUGUGGGGUUGUUUUUUUCAUCCCUUAAUCCCGCCCUACGUAAAUGAGGGUAGGACGUAAAAAGCUUAAUCUGGAGGAUGGCCAGAGCUGGUUAGGUGAUUACAUGAGCAAGUUUAUAAUGAGCUGCUGUACAGUUCAACCCAAAGCAGACAAUAAGUUAUUCUACUUUAAAAUAUUUCAUGCGGUUGUACAGCCAGCCAGCAAAGAGUAAUGUCCUGAGUGUAAUUCCCUCUCCUUUUUCCCUAAAAGAGAAAGCCUGCUAACAGUUCUCUUGAAAUUAUAUGAAGUCCUGCACUGCCAGCUGCCUCUCUUGGCCCCUUGGAGCUAUUCUCCUGACAAAGCAAUAAGCAGCUGAUCUUUCUGUGAGAAAGAUCUAUCAUGUUUACAUCCGUAUAGUUGCCUCACGUAACACUACUAUUGUUAAAGAAUAGUCAAAGCAGGCACAAAGUGAGGGCAUUAAGAAAAGUUACUCUGCAAACUGUCUCUGGUCAUUUAAUAAUUGAAAGCAUCCAUUCAGAAUUGUUCAUGGCCUUCAUUAAUGCCCCAAAGCAAUGCAGCUGCUUGCAGUUAACUCACAAGCUAUUUAAUAGCUGUUAAUUAACAUGACAAGUAAUUAUUUUUGAAAUGUUUAUGUUGCAAAGUAGGGAGAAAUUGAUCUAAUAAACCUCCUGUCAGGGGUUUGUAAAACUAAUCACGGUAAUAAUUGCUCUAUCACACGGAUAAACACACUGAUCAAGGAAACUUCUGAUUUACUGUGUCUGUGUAUUCAAUGAAAAACACCUUCAGAUGUUGAAAUUAUCUAUUUUGUAAUCUACUUUAUAAAUAAAGAUUGAUGCUUUA